AUGCGUGCCCUCCACGCAUGGGCCCGUCGCCUCGGCAUCGCAAGAGCAACUCGACUGCCGACGAUGCGGAUGACGGCUUUCCUUGUCCGAGCCUCGCUCGGUGGCAGUCUCGGCCUGCACGCCUACGGCCAUCGUCUGGCCGAUUGUCCGGCGCAUCGCGUGAUGCACUGUCCAGAACCCUCGGUUCACGUCGUCGUCUGCCAUCAGCCCGCCAUCCUGAGCACCGUCAUUGCGUCCGAGACGAUCCUCACCAUCGGCGACCAAACCAUUGUCGUCAACGAAUGCCCGACCACCCUGGUCACCGAAAUCACCCUGACGGAGACGACGACGCAAUUCAUUGCUACGGCGAGUGGGGAAGCCAAACUCACCGGCAAUACACGCCAUGCGACGCAGAUGUCGUCUCUUGACAUCUCCAGCUCUCUACGCUCGGGUCGGUCAACGACGCAAUGGUUGAGGGAAUCGUCUACCGUCACGAGCACCACCAGGGACGGAGGCAAGCAGACACGUACGAGGACCUCUGACCUGACGACUCGUGUGACAUUUACAAGUGAAACGGCAGCCUCGAGCGGCCCAUCUCGUGGCAGCACGUCGGCUCGAGGGAGAAGUACCGUCACAUCGGCUACGUUGGGCACUUCUACCGCCAUAACCACCAGCGGAAAGGCGACGGCAGACACGGGCAAGGAUGAAGGUCAAACGCGAACCAGAGCGACGAGUGAGACGACCAGUGCCGCCAGCGACACCUUGUCCACGGGCGGGCAAGCAUCGACUCGCCAAACGACGAGGGCAUCCUCUACGAGGGACACGUCGACUGCAGAAGGAAUUUCCAAUACCGGCGCUACAUCUACUGCUGCUGCUACCGGCACCACUGUCACGACAGAGGCGUCAUCUACGAGGGAAACAUCCACGGCAGCAGGAAUGUCGAGCACCGGGGCAGCAUCUACUGCUGCUGGCACCUCUCUUACAACAGGGGCGUCGUCUACAAGGGGAACAUCUACAGCAGAAGGAACGUCGAGCACCGGGGCAGCAUCUACUGCUGCUGGCACCUCUCUUACAACAGGGGCGUCGUCUACAAGGGGAACAUCUACAGCAGCAGGAACGUCGAGCACCGGGGCAGCAUCUACUGCUGCUGGCACCUCUCUUACAACAGGGGCGUCGUCUACAAGGGGAACAUCUACAGCAGCAGGAACGUCGAGCACCGGGGCAGCAUCUACUGCUGCUGGCACCUCUCUUACAACAGGGGCGUCGUCUACAAGGGGAACAUCUACAGCAGCAGGAACGUCGAGCACCGGGGCAGCAUCUACUGCUGCUGGCACCUCUCUUACAACAGGGGCGUCGUCUACAAGGGGAACAUCUACAGCAGCAGGAACGUCGAGCACCGGGGCAGCAUCUACUGCUGCUGGCACCUCUCUUACAACAGGGGCGUCGUCUACAAGGGGAACAUCUACAGCAGCAGGAACGUCGAGCACCGGGGCAGCAUCUACUGCUGCUGGCACCUCUCUUACAACAGGGGCGUCAUCAACAACGGACACAUCCACUACUGCAGGAACGUCGAGCACUGGGGCAACAUCUGCUGCUACUGGCACCUCUGUCACGACAGGAGCCACUACAGCAGGAACAUCGAGCACUGAGGCAACAUCUGCUGCUACCGGCACCUCUGUUACAACAGGAGCGUCAACUACAGUAGAUACAUCCACUACAGCAGUAAUAUCGAGCACCGAGGCAACAUCUACUACUGCUGGUGCCUCUGUCACGACAGGGGCGUCGACUACAGUGGAAGCAUCCACUACAGCAGGAACAUCGAGCACUGAGGCAACAUCUACUGCUACCGGUACCUCUGUUACAACAGGAGCAUCAACUACAAUAGAUACAUCAACUACAGUAGAUACAUCAACUACAAUAGAUACAUCAACUACAGUAGAUACAUCAACUACAAUAGAUACAUCCACUGCAGCAGGAAUAUCGAGCACCGAGGCAACAUCUACUGCUGCUAGUACCUCUGUCACGACAGGGGCGUCGACUACAGCGGAAGCAUCCACGACAGCAGGAACGUCGAGCACCGGGGUAACAUCUGUGGCUACCGGCACCACUGUCUCGACGGGAAUGUCAUCUCCAAUAAUCACCUCGGCCACAACAGCAACGGCUACCGCGACAGAGUCAUCCACGUCGGCUACGAGCAGCCCCACGCUGGACCCCCUGGCCUGCCCUGCGCCGUUUUGUCCUAGCGGAGGCGUGCCUUUUGAUGUUUACCGCAACCUCAACGGCGUUCCGGGUGAAACCUACGGCCUGGGCCUCUCUCCAGAUUACUACUUCUCGCUAUCGCCUCUGGCCUCUGGCUUCACGGAUACCUUGAGCAUCCCGUUUUUCAACCCCGGCCCGGUCGACUAUACGACAACGAGAACUUAUGGCGGCGUUAGCUUUCCAGCCUACAACUUUACCCUCGUUGCGUACGGCUACUUUUACGCCAAUGUGUCCGGACAGUAUACCUUUUGCAGUGGAGCUUCCGGGAACUGCGACGACAUAGACAACCUUUACUUUGGAUCCCAGGCUGCCUUUCCUUGCGGCACGCCGUCGAUGCCCAACCCGGAGCAGUCGUCGAUUCUAGCGUGCCAAUUCUUCACGCCAGAGUCCUGCACUGGCAUCGAGUUGACGGCGGGGAACUAUUAUCCCAUCCGCUCCGUCUAUGGAAAUCUCGGCUUGAUUUCUAGCCUUCAAAUUUUGAUAACAUAUCCCGGAGGGACUUCGCAAGAGAUUCCGCCAGAUGCUCUUUUCCCCAUCGAAUGCUUUACUUGA